CGUACCUUGAGGCCCCCUAUACGACGUCCAAACGCGAUUGGACGGCUCCCAGCAUGUGCAAGCAACCCAAGCACUCCAGGACUUGGUUUUCCACGGGCGUAAAGCAGGCAGGACGGCCAGGACGGCGGCGGGAGCGCCAAGGAGCACUCGCGCGCGGACCGGCGGACGCGCUGGCCUUCCACGCCGCACGGCCCUACGGAGGAGAGGGAGGAGGUGGAGCUCGCGCGGCCCCGGAGGCUGGGUCGGCCGCGUCGCCGAGCGCCAUGUCCGGACGCGCUUAAAAGGAGUGUUCCUCAUCAUCACCGGCCUUCACGCACUUGACCGCCAUGGUGGUCUGGCCGUGGCACAGCAGGCACUCGUCCCUUCGCGCCUCCGCUGCGUCCCAGCAGCCGCCCGUCUCCCUCGUCGCGCCCUGGCUGCCGCCUCCCUCCCUCCACGACGUGCCGGAAGGGGCGCGGCCCUUCUCUCUGGGGCAGCACGUCGCGCAAAUCACGCAGGAGAGCGUGCGCGGGGGUGGGCGCGCUGGGGAGAGACGAGUCCGCUGGCGUUGCCGAUUUUGCCUCCGCCCACGGUCUGUGUUUCCUUCCGGUGAAAAGAUGAGCCUGGGCAGCAAAACAGUUGCAGCCGUCGGAUCCUAUUUGAACGUCGGAUGAGCAAGCGCAAGGUACGCCGUGACUCUGCAAGGCUCGCCGAAAACGCGACGGCAACUAGGAUCUCCUCUGCCUGUGCACUCCGGAGACGACGUCGUUGUCCGGCACCACCGACCCGUGGGCCACGAAGGCGAUGCGCUUCCCGCAUCUCACUGGCUCCUUCAAGGCAGAGGUGAUGUUCGAAAGCAAGGUCUUCUGGGCCGACCUCUCACGAGGCCUCGCGUACUGCGACCUGCGCCUGCGCGGCAGGGGGAACUCCGCCGUGCAGUUCGACUUCGGCUUCAUCGAGUUGCCCUACGGGUACGAGAUUCUCUUCAAGGAUUUGCCGGUGCAUGAGCUGACGGAGCCGCCGGAGAUGAACCGGACCAUCGGCUGCGUCGGCGGCUGCAUCAAGUUCAUCUGCAUCGACCGUCCCCGGGGACAUCCUUGCAACGUGAUGGUGAGGGCGUGGACGCUGGACCUGGACCGCAAGGAAUGGAAGGCCGAGAAGGGUUUCCUCUGGAAAGAGCUCUGGGAGCAGGUCGCGUUCAUGUUCACGGACCACGCGGAGUUGUGGGACGUGGAGCCCCGGUACCCCGUGCUGAUGCCGGAUGGUACCCUCUGCCUCAUGCUGGGGGAAAUGCGCCCCAGGAGGAGGGAGGAGGUCGAUUGCAUCGUCUGCCGCUUCGACAUGCGCAGCAAGAGACCCCUGUGGCACGGAACUGUUGUCGACUACCAUAUCAUGUGGCCUGUUAUCUUACCCGGCAACUUCUUCACCAAGUGCUAUCCUCCUCCCUGUCCACGCGAGAACAAGCUGCCAGCACGCAAGAGGAGACGGCAGCAAAGCAUCGAUCGUGAUUUGUGAAGCAGAAGCCGAUGCUCGGUCCUGCGGUUGCUCAGCUUGUCGUCGUCCUACUACUGCAAUUUCUUCCUAUGAACUUGAUGAAGGAUUGAAGUCAAGGGACCAUAUGCUGAAAUGAAUCAAGACAACGUUUCACGUCUUUUUUUUUUAUUUGGGUGCUCACAAUGCAAAUUCACAAUAGGCUAGGCUGGAAGGCACCACCCCACUUGAAUUUUCAGCAUGUCACUGAGAAUGAAUAAAACAACUGCAAUUGUUUGAUAUGCCGUAUGGCUGAUUC